CAUGCGCCGCGUCAGCAUCAAGCACAUUCAUGAGGGGGCGCGGGCCAUUUUCGACGGCGCCGACUUGCGCGACGCGCAGGUCACCGACAACGAGAUGCCCAACAGCUCGUGGGUCGGCACCGAGUUGCACGCAGUGGCGAUGGAGGACACCGGGCUGCAGGGCGCGCGCAUCGAGCAGGCCGACCUCUCCGGCGCGCGCUUCGUCGACGUGCGCAUGCAGGGGGCGCUGCUCCUGUCCACCUCCCUCAAAGGGAUCAACAUGAAUGGCCCCGCCGACCUCACUCACAUCACCAUCUUCAACUCGUCCUUCCAAGACGCCUUUCUGCCCGGAGCUCUGUUCGUGGAAGCUAAUGCUCGUGGCGUCGACUUCUCGGGCUCCAUCCUUCAGAACUCUGACUUCCGACGCGCAAAUGUCGAGCGGAGCUCAUUCGCCGGUGCCACGAUCACGGACGCGACCUUCGAUUUCGCCAACGUAAGCCUUACCGAUUUUACGAAUGCCAUUGGGGCGAGCAAGGGCUCCUGGUUUAACAUUCAGGGAACUCCGGUGGGCUUGGUACUGUGAGCAGUCUGGGCAGCAGUGAGGGGUGAGAGAGUUGGGACAGAUAUGAUAGGUAUUUGCUCGGUAUACUGUUUCCUAUUCG